ACGGUAUUAAAAUGGUAGAUGAACCUAUGGAGGAGGGAGAACCAUAUUCCUAUAAUGAUGAAGAAUGUGUGAAAGAGAUACCUAUUACCCACCAUGUGAAAGAAGGAUGUGAGAAGGCAGACCCUGCACAAUUCGAAUUACUUAAAGUCCUUGGUCAGGGGUCAUUUGGAAAGGUUUUUCUGGUGAGAAAGAUUAUAGGUCCUGAUGCUGGACAGCUGUAUGCAAUGAAAGUUCUGAAGAAAGCUUCUCUGAAAGUUCGAGAUAGGGUUCGUACAAAGAUGGAGAGAGAUAUAUUGGUAGAAGUAAAUCAUCCAUUUAUUGUCAAGCUGCACUAUGCCUUUCAGACUGAAGGGAAGCUAUAUUUAAUAUUGGAUUUUCUCAGGGGAGGAGAUGUGUUCACAAGAUUAUCCAAAGAGGUAUGUAUUUAUAAAAAUGGAAUCAUUUUGCUUGAUGAAGCAGGACAUAUCAAGUUAACAGACUUCGGCCUUAGCAAAGAAUCCGUUGAUCAAGAAAAGAAGGCCUAUUCUUUCUGUGGUACUGUAGAAUAUAUGGCUCCUGAAGUUGUAAACAGGCGAGGCCAUAACCAGAGUGCUGAUUGGUGGUCAUUUGGGGUUCUCAUGUUUGAAAUGCUUACUGGCACACUGCCAUUUCAAGGUAAAGAUCGAAAUGAAACAAUGAAUAUGAUACUCAAAGCAAAACUUGGAAUGCCGCAGUUUCUAAGCCCUGAAGCUCAAAGUCUUCUGAGGAUGUUGUUUAAAAGGAAUCCUUCCAAUAGGUUAGGAGCCGGUCCUGAUGGGGUUGAAGAAAUUAAGAGGCAUCCCUUUUUUUCUACCAUUGACUGGAAUAAAUUAUACAGGACAGAGAUUCAGCCCCCGUUUAAGCCUGCUUCUGGAAAACCUGAAGACACAUUUUGUUUUGAUCCAGAAUUCACAGCAAAAACACCCAAAGAUUCUCCAGGAGUUCCACCUAGUGCUAAUGCGCAUCAGCUGUUCAAAGGCUUUAGCUUUGUCGCCACGACUGCCAUAGAAGACCACAAAAUCUCCCCUCUCAACAACAUAUUGCCAAUAGUUCAGCAACUUCAUGGGAACAGUGCACUAUUCACAGACGCAUAUGAGCUUAAAGAGGACAUUGGUGUUGGGUCCUACUCUGUGUGCAAGCGAUGUAUCCACAUGGCUUCAAAUAUGGAGUUUGCUGUGAAGAUCAUUGACAAAAGUAAGAGAGAUCCCUCUGAAGAAAUAGAGAUUUUGAUGCGCUACGGACAGCACCCUAAUAUCAUCACUUUGAAAGAUGUGUAUGAUGAUGGUAAAUAUAUCUACCUGGUCACUGAAUUAAUGAAAGGGGGUGAGCUGCUUGAUCGUAUUCUCAGACAAAAGUAUUUCUCUGAACGGGAAGCAAGUGCUGUGUUGUACACCAUCGCCAAAACAGUUGACUAUCUUCAUUGUCAAGGAGUAGUGCAUCGAGACCUGAAGCCCAGUAAUAUCUUGUAUAUGGAUGACUCUAAUAAUGCUGACUCUAUCAGAAUUUGUGAUUUUGGUUUUGCAAAACAACUUCGGGGGGAGAAUGGGCUUCUCUUAACGCCUUGCUACACUGCCAACUUUGUAGCACCAGAGGUUCUCAUGAGACAGGGAUACGACGCUGCUUGUGAUAUUUGGAGUUUGGGUGUCCUCCUUUAUACAAUGUUGGCUGGGUACACUCCUUUUGCCAAUGGCCCCAAUGAUACCCCCGAGGAAAUCUUAUUGCGAAUAGGAAGUGGAAAAUUUUCUUUGAGCGGAGGCAACUGGGACACUGUUUCAGAUGCAGCAAAGGAUUUGCUAUCUCAUAUGCUACAUGUAGAUCCCCAUCAGCGAUAUACUGCAGAGCAAGUUCUCAAGCAUUCAUGGAUAACCUGUAGGGAUCAGUUGCCCCAUUACCAGCUGAACAGGCAAGACGCACCACAUCUAGUAAAGGGGGCCAUGGCUGCCACAUAUUCUGCACUGAAUCACAAGACAUUUCAGCCUGUGUUAGAGCCUGUCGCAGCUUCCAGCUUAGCUCAAAGGCGAAGCAUGAAAAAGCUAACGUCAACAGACUUAUAGUUCCACUGGGAGUACUUAGCCAAAGUGGAACAAGGGGAAAAAAUCCAAUAAGUGGCUCAGUAUCUGCCUGCCCUGUGAUUUAAAAGGCAUAUACAGGUUUCUCCUACACUACUUGAAUUCUGUCGAAGAGGAUGAAAAAGGACACAGGUCCAGGGGGAUUCAUAAUAUGUUCCGCAAGAAGCAUGGAUGGUUUAUCAGAGCAAAACAUCACGGUGCAUCACAAAGAUCACGAGGAAUUUCUUUAUGCUGUCCUUUUCUGAUAUCCAUUGCGUUAAGUUAAUACUUUUUUUAAUACUGCGUCUUCCCCCAGUUCCUAAAGAUACGAUCUAGGGGACCAUUAACAAUAAUGCUUAAACCGUAGAUUGAAAAGAGGAGGGGGGGGGGGGGUGUUAAUAGUUUAAUAUUUUUGAAAUCUGGCAUGUUAAAAAAAACAGCAACAAAUUUUUAAACUCUAUAGUUUUGUAAUUGGUCACUUGAGGAUGGAGCCCAUUUAUUCAAAACAACCGAUAGAACAGAGCUAGGCUAAUGAAAGAACGAUGUGUCUGUACAAAAUGUGUUCAUGCUGACCUGGAAGCCUAGACGAGGCUGGGUUCAGACAAUAUCUUUCUGAAGACCGACCCUUCAAUUAUAAUGUGAAAGCCCUUCCCUGAAUAAUAGAGGUGGUCAGUGUAGGAAUGUUCCUGAUGGGAGGCUGCUGAGGGGUAGGGGUUGUUAGGGCAAGAUGAUGUGUAGGUGGCAUCUCCAUCCUUGGAGAAACGUUCAGAGAGAUGCCUCUAGAUGUGCACUUGGUAUAGAACAGGGAAUAUGACCUUUAGGGCCAGUGGGUUGACCUAUCUCAGUAGUUUUCAACCUUAUCACACUGCAGACCCACCUUUAAUCCCCAGUCUGGAGCAAAAAGACUCCGCCCGAAUUGCAUUCUGUACAUGGCCAUUUCCCCCUUGUCUCUCUGUGUCGCAUUUUCAAAGCUAAACAAGAAAAUACAACUGGUGCAGUGCACUAAGGUCAUGACCUGCUUUUGACUCCUGACACAUCAGUUGAAAUUCAGUAAACUAGAUGGUCCACCGA